UAAUUGAUUUAGGAUUUUCAUUUGUCUGUUUCUUGAAAAUGGAUAAAUUACCAAGUAUUGUCAUAGUAAGUAGUAGUAGCACAAAACCCAAAUCUAUAAUACGUUUAAUUACUAAAGAGAACCCAGAAGAACAUUCAAAUGGUAUUGUUAUUCAACCUUGGAAAUUAGAUACAAAGUAUUACGCUGCAACAGUGAACAUAAUUGGUUUGAAUGAUUGUUAUGAGAGAGAUGAAGAAUUUAAUAAUAAUGUUGAAGCAUUAAUAAUUCAUUUAGAUACUAAUAAAUCUUCAGGUUUAGAAGAUUUAAAGAAGUUUGAAAGUUUACAAAAUGAAUGUGGACCAGAGAUUAAACUAUUAAUAUCUAACUAUUGUAACAAUGAAACAAAAAUUACUAAAGCUGAUGCUAUAUCAUGGUGCUUACAAAAGGGUUAUGAGUUUAUAGAACUGUAUCCUUCAGAUCCACAAAAUUCAGGAGACAUUAUUCCAGAAAAAUUUGGAGUACAGAGAGUCAUAGAAGCAUUGCAGACACAUACAUGGCCCAACUUAAUAAUGAAAAAUACAAGAAACGUUGGAACAAACAAACUUGAAAGCACCAAACAAGAAUCAAGUAGGUUGACAGCGAGUUCUUUGCCAGAUGAACUUAUAAGUGAAGAUGAUUUUACUGAAUUAUUCUCUAAGCUGCAUAUGAUGAAAGAUAGUUUACAGUCAGUUCCAAUGAACCAGAGAAAGCAGUAUGCUGAGCAAAUGGUUACUGCUUUUUGGAAUGCAAUAGGUGGUGAUGAAGAGGAGUUAUUAGAUUUAUAAGAUUAUAUAUAAUUAUAUAAUA